AUGCUACCAAGCCUUGCUACAGAAACAUAUGCAGAACCUACAAUAGGAACUGUAGUGACUCCUGUAGGGACACAAAAAGUUGAAGAAAGGCAAAAGAUAAUAGAUGCUCAGUACAAAUGCUUUGAAAAAAUGUAUAGAGAUCCUUCAUACAACAAAACAGGUCCUUACUGUAAUCGAACCUGGGAUGGAUGGUUGUGUUGGGAUGACUCUCCAGCUGGCACAUAUACCUCUCAGAACUGUCCUAACUACUUUCCAGACUUUGACUCUACUGAAAAAGCUACAAAAUACUGUGAUGAAACAGGCAGUUGGUUUCGACAUCCUGAAAGUAACAGAACAUGGUCCAACUAUACUCUCUGUAUUGCCUAUACUACGGACAAAUUAAAGAUGGCGUAUAUACUCUACUACAUGGCCAUUGUCGGUCAUGCUUUAUCCAUAGCUUCUCUAUUGAUUUCCCUGGGGAUAUUCUUCUAUUUCAAGAGCCUCAGCUGCCAAAGGAUAACUCUCCACAAGAAUUUGUUUUGUUCUUAUGUAUUAAACUCUGUUUUUACAAUUGUACACCUCACUACAGUUGUAAGCAACCCAAAGGUAGUGGAAAGGAAUCCUAUUGGAUGUAAGGUUCUCCACUUUUUUCACCAAUAUAUGCUUGGAUGUAACUAUUUCUGGAUGCUUUGUGAGGGGAUAUACCUUCACACUCUUAUUGUGGUGGCAGUGUUUGCAGAAGAGCAACAUUUACAUUGGUACUAUCUAUUAGGGUGGGGGUUCCCAUUGGUGCCUGUGUCCAUUCAUGCUGUUGCAAGAACAAAAUAUUUUGAUGAUAAUUGCUGGAUGAGUGUGGAAACCCACCUCCUCUAUAUUGUCCAUGGACCCAUUGUUGCAGCAUUAUUAGUUAAUCUGUUCUUUUUGCUUAACAUAGUACGUGUCUUGGUCACAAAAUUAAGAGACACUCAUCGAGCAGAGUCUAAUAUGUAUAUGAAAGCUGUUCGAGCCACCCUAAUCUUGGUCCCUUUGCUGGGAAUCCAGUUCGUUAUCAUUCCUUGGAGGCCAGAAAACAGACUUGCUGGAGAAAUAUAUGACUACAUUAUGCAUAUAUUAAUGCAUUACCAGGGCUUGCUUGUGGCAACCAUAUUCUGCUUUUUCAAUGGGGAGGUGCAGGCAGCUCUCAGAAGGCAGUGGAUGCAGUAUAAAGCACAGUGGGGUCAGCGUCGUCGAGAACAGUGCUCCAUGCGUUCCACCUCUUACACAGCAACAUCCAUAACAGAGGUCCCAGCUUACCUUUAUCACCACAACUGUAGAAGUGAACAUUUGAAUGGAACACACUCCGAAGACUCUGAACUUGCUGUGUUGAGAUCAGAAGAGACAUACGCCUGACUGGAGAAAACAAAAUGGUCCUUCUGCAUUCUGUCCAUGCAAAACUCUCCACAGCCGAUGUCAUACACAGAACAAUCUGACCAGACACCCAAGUUAUAAAAGUAAAUACUUCAUUGGCAGUGACAAUCCUACUGGGGGAGAGCUGAUGGAUAUGAUAUUUGAAGUACAGUGUUGCUUAUAAAAUAGGAUCCACUGAGACCUACAGCAUUUAUGAAGCUACUAGUUCCAGGCUUUCAAGGGCUGAGAAUGAUCCUGUAACAGGAUCGUAGUUGUACAAAUACCAAAGGGUGUGUAGGUUCAUAGACUGGGACACUAUUCAUACAGAGCCAAACACAUAACAAAUUGUAAGAUGACAAAUUAUACUG